CCCAUCCAGGAGAAAGCCACUUGAUUUUGGAACAUUCAUCACAUCGACAACGAACUGAUAAAAUAUCAUCCGAAAUAUCUACAGAAACCGAAACCGAGGAUUAAUGUAGGUCUAGCACAUGAAGAUUGCCAGGCCAUGACCAACGUUGUCUUAUAGCCAAAAAAUCUUUCCGGACAAUAGGCGACAUGAUGCAAGAUGUACAUUUAUCUGAUGAUAUAUGCCAAAAUGUGACUGCUGUCAGGUUACUGUGUCCAGCUCGAACUUCCACCUGUGUAAUAAACACAGAGACUUCCUUAAUCAACGCCACACUUUAUGACAACAGCAACUCCACAACUGAUGCACUCUCCGCUGAUAAAUGGAGCAACUACAACUUCUGGAUUGGCCUGAGCCUUGCCGUGCUAUCGGCCUUCUUGAUUGGAGGAAGUGUAAUUCUGAAGAAGAAAGCUUUGCUGCGUCUUGCCAGCAAUGGACAGACAAGAGCAGGUGAGGGUGGACAUGGGUACCUGAAAGACUGGGUUUGGUGGGGUGGACUCCUUACAAUGGGAGCAGGUGAAGUCGCUAACUUUGCUGCAUACAUGUUCGCGGCCGCUACUGUGGUCACUCCACUGGGAGCCCUGAGUGUUCUUAUCAGUGCUGUUCUGUCUUCCUACCUGCUGGGGGAGUCCAUGAACCUGCUGGGGAAGAUGGGAUGUCUGCUCAGCCUACUAGGCAGCACCAUAAUGGUUAUCCAUGCCCCAGAAGAGGAAGAGGUGACGACCUUAAGGGAAAUGACAGAGAAAUUACUGGACCCUGGUUUUCUGGUGUACGCCACCAUCCUGCUGGUGGCCUGCGUGGUGCUUGUGUUCUACGCGUCCCCACGCUGGGGCUCCUCCAACAUCCUGGUCUACAUCAGUAUCUGCUCCCUGCUCGGAGCCUUCACCGUGUCCUCGGUCAAGGGCCUGGGCAUCGCCAUCCGCACCGUCUUCUCCGACCCGUCCGUCCUGCGCAACCCUCUCACCUGGAUCCUGCUCCUGACGCUGGUGGGCUCCGUCGUCACGCAGGUGAACUACCUGAACAAGUCGCUGGACACCUUCAACACGCUGCUGGUCUACCCUGUUUACUACGUGUUCUUCACCACCGUGGUCCUCUCCACCUCCAUCGUCCUCUUCAAAGAGUGGUGGGCCAUGACCGGCGUGGACAUUGUGGGCACCCUAGGGGGCUUCUUGGUCAUCGUGCUCGGCGUGAGCAUGCUGCACCUGUUCAAGGACGUGCCCGUGACGCUGAUGGGGCUCCGGAGUAGCCUGUGCCAACCGGUGGGCACGCCCAAGAGGGAGGACAAGCACAUCCUCAUCGAGAACAUCGAGUGUCUUCCGCCCAUGAGAGAGGAGGGUCCUCGAGUGUUUAUCAUUAGCUAAGAGGCUGCGGCACACACAUGUCACUGUGUUUAUAUAUGAGCCUCUCUAAAAAAGUCCAUUUUAGUGUCUGCUUAGUGACUUUGUCGUUUCGUCUGCCGAUGACUCAACAAGAUGACGCAGUAGGCUGUGCGAAACAGGCCACUGCUGAAAUUAAGUCUGUGACGCAGAAUUAAAGUUUGCCAGUCGAUUUGGCAGUAGAUUGUGAAAUGGUGGGUGGUAUGGACCCCCUUUCAACAAUCUUAAAGAAUCAGCUGUAUCUCUGUAAAUAGCAACCCACAGUUCCUAAUACAUUUUUCUAUGAA